AUGGAAAGGGAAAGGCCUCUGGGUACCGUAUCUCGAAACCAUCCGAUUCGUCAAUCUGGUGCUUCUUCUACAGUGAAAGUGGAGGAUGAAGAGACGAAUCUGUCUCUAUCUCCAUGGCUUCCAGCUAGUUACACGGCGUUGCUCAACGAAGAAUCAACACCUGAUGAGAAACCUCCCGUCGAUUACGCCGUGAAGAAAGUUGUUCUGCCUAGCCGUGAUGUAGCAACCGGUGGUGAGCGAAGAGGAAUCCGAACACUAUACUCAGCUCCAGAGACUGGAAAAAUUGUUUCUUCUAAGGUGAAACCUUCUAUUCGUGUGCAAAGCCGCAGCAUCAAUGAAGAUUUUGGAAGUAGCAGUAAGGUUAAGGUCCCUGUGGCUGGACGAUCCUCACGCAUAUCAAAACAUUCAUCUUCCCCAAACUAUUCUGAGAAGCUGAGAAGUUGGAAAGAACGCUUCAACAACAACAACAUCAACCGUGAUUUUGCACAGCUCCAUGGCAAAUACAGAGAUGUACCAACGAAAAAAGCCAACAGAAACAAGAACAAAACUUGGAACACCGAGUGUGAGCGCAAGCAGCAAAUUGAGGAUAACAUCAAGGCAUUAGGAGAAUUGCUACCACAUGAAGUUGAGGACACUUCUGAAUUGGUAUUGAAUGAUGUCAUUGCUCAUGUUAAGCUUCUGCAGCUACAAAUGAAGGAAUUAACUCGAAGCAGGUUGGGAGGAGAACCAAUUGCUCAUCCAAUGAUACCGAUUGAGGGAUACGGUCACUUCAUUCAUCAGGAGCAUACGACGAUGACAAAACCUCUGGAGGAGUUAAUGGGAGAUCUGCUUAUGAAUGAUCAUGAUGCUGCAGCUGCUUUGUUGGAGAGCAAAGGCCUCUACAUGAUGCCUUUCUCCUCGGUUCAAGUUUUCUACCAAAUUGGUCCUCUUCUUAUAAAUUUCUUCUCCGAGAAACAAUUUAAUCUCACACAAUUCUCAAAAAUCUCUCAUCCGACUUGCGCCUUUUCCGCUUCCGUUGCUCUGUCAAUCCUCCCCGACCGGAAAAUCUGGGAAGAUUCCCUUCAUAGUUCACUCAUGGGUUCCAAAGCUGUUUUUCAAUCUCUCACGGAGUUAUUUCCACAGAUUGAUGCAAGGAUUUUGAAAGCUGUUGCUAUUGAGCACCCACAUGAUGUUAAUGAUGCUGCAGCUGUGGUUAUAGCAGAGUUUAUUCCUUUGUUUUACCCAGAUUUGGCUGAUGAUUCUACACAAUCUGGUAACAAGUUACCUGUAGACGUGCCAGAUAACAAAGUAGAACGUGAUAUGCAAAAUAGUGCGUUGACCGUCUCAGAGACGGUUGCUUCUUCUUCAGGAGCUAUACCCAUGGAUGUUGAUUGUGACCAUGAAACUAGUGCACCAACUACUGAAUUGCUUUCUAAGAGUAACCAGUUGACAAAUGUGAUGCCAAAUGGUGAUGCUGUUCAUAUUCAGAGCAAAUCAACUAUCAGUUUGAGCGGUUCGACCGAGUCUGGAGGGUUUUACUCAGAUCUCGCUGCCUUAGAUGAGGCGGAAACCAAAUUGACUAAUGAAGCCGAGUCAAGCAGACGCACAGCUUCAGAAGAUGCUGAAACUAGUGAUGCAGAGUCAAGUGGUUCGAUAUCAAAGGACUCCUUGGCCUUUGGAGAUGAUGGUGAGCCAGAGCUGGGUGAUGCUUUUAGCUCUGUUGUUAGCAGAUCAAACCAGGGAUGCAACAUUGAUCACCUUGAACAGAUCAUUGAAGAUGCCAAAAGUAACAAGAGAACCUUGUUCACUGUGAUGGAAACGAUUAUGAAUCUGAUGAGAGAAGUGGAACUUGAAGAGAAGGAUGCAGAAAAGCUGAAGGAAGAUGCUACCAGAGGAGGCUUCGAUACCCUUAACAAGGUUGAGGAUCUGAAGAAGAUUCUGGUUCAUGCGAAGGAGAGAAAUGACAUGGAUGCUGGUGAAGUUUAUGGGGAGAGGUCGAUUUUGUCUACUGAAGUAACCGAGCUUGAAAACCGGUUGCUAAACUUAUCAGAAGACCGAGACAAGUCUCUUUCCGUUCUUCAUGAGAUGCGUGGAGUUCUUGAAACGAGACUAGCGGCAGCUCUGGAUAUUAAAUACGCUGCUGAGCAAGAAAAGCAAGAGAAAGAAGGUUGUGCAAGGAAGGCACUCGCUGAACAAGAAGCUAUCAUGGAGAAAGUAGUCCAAGAAUCUAAGCUUCUUAAUCAGGAGGCAGAGGAAAAUUCCAAGCUGCGAGAGUUUCUUAUGGAUCGCGGUCGGAUUGUCGAUUCCCUACAAGGAGAGAUCUCUGUGAUAUGUCAAGACAUCCGACACUUGAAAGAGAAAUUCGACAACAGAGUGCCAUUGAGCCAAUCAAUCUCUUCAAGCCAGACUAGCUGUAAACUAGCAUCUUCUGUGUCAUCCAUGAAGAGCUUACUCCAGGAGAAACCUUCAGAACCAUCUUAUGAAACACCUGAAGCCUCAGAAAACGGCGAGAGCCCAAAAGCUUCUGUUAACGAGGGAAAAGACGAACGUAAGGAGCUCCUGGAAGAUGGCUGGGACAUCUUUGACAAAGAGACGGAACUGUAG